AAGUGAAAGUAAAUGCGCAGAGUUGAUGUCAACAUUUUAAACAGACAGAAUACAAUACAAAGUAUCUUUAAAUCAUUAUUGAGAUUUAUUAUAUAUGCUUCGGCAGGAACUGUGUGUAGUUUCUUGAUGGGAAUGUGAAUCGAGUCAGUGGAGAUCAAACUGAUCAGAUCCAUCAUGGGUAAAACACAAACAUCUGGAGAUGAAGAUUAUUUUCCAGGAUUCAGUUCAGUUCAUCAAAAGAGACCAGAAGCAGACUCCAGCUGUGUGUCUGUGAAGAGUGACUGGUCUAUGGAUCGAGCAAUAGUGUUUAACAGUGGUCUCAGCUCAGUUCAUCAGAAGAGAUCAGAACCAGAGUCCAGCUGUGUGUCUGUGAAGAGUCACAUGUCUGCGGUUAGGCAACGACAUUUCAAGACUAGAGAUACACGGCCUGGUCUCAGCAAUGAGGUCCUCAGCACAUUUAGAUCAAAUCUGGUGAAGAAGUUUGGUCGUCUGUAUGAGGGAACAGCGACGCAGAGGAACCCAACACUCCUGAAUGAGAUCUACACAGAGCUCUACAUCACAGAGAGUGAGAGUGGAGAGAUCAGUAAUGAGCAUGAGGUGAGACAGAUUGAGAAACUAUCCAGGAGAGCAGCAACAGAGAACACAGCCAUCAAAUGCAAUGACAUUUUUAGACCUUUACCUAGACAAGACAAAGCCAUCAGAACUGUGCUGACAAAGGGAGUCGCUGGCAUUGGAAAAACAGUCUCUGUGCAGAAGUUCAUCCUGGACUGGGCUGAAGGGAAAGAGAAUCAGGACGUCCAGCUCAUAUUUCCACUGCCUUUCAGAGAAAUCAAUCUGAUGAAGGACAAAACACUCAGCCUUUCAGAUCUUCUUCAUGUGUUUUUCCCUGAAACUAAAGAAAUGGAAAUAUCCAGUUAUGAAUAUAAAGUGUUGUUCAUCUUUGAUGGUCUGGAUGAGUGUCGUCUGUCUCUGAACUUUAAGAGUAAAGUGAAACUGUGUAAUAUAUCUGAAUCAGCCUCAGUGGAUGUGCUGCUGAUGAACCUGAUUGUGGGGAAUCUGCUUCCCUCUGCUCUCAUCUGGAUCACCUCCAGACCAGCAGCAGCUGAACUCGUCCCCUCUGAGUGUGUCCAUCGAGUGACAGAGGUACGAGGCUUCAAUGAGCCACAGAAGGAGGAAUACUUCAGGAAGAGAAUCAGUGAUCAGAGUCUGGCCAAUAUAAUCAUCUCACACCUGAAGUCCUCAAGAAGCCUCUACAUCAUGUGCCACAUCCCAGUGUUCUGCUGGAUCUCAGCCACUGUUUUAGAGAAGAUGCUGCGGAAAUCAAGGAAAGAAAAGAUUCCCAAGACUCUCACUCAAAUGUACACACACUUCCUGAUCCUUCAGACCAACAUCAAACAUGAGAAGGACUAUGAGAAGAAGGUGACAGAUGAAGACAUGAUCCUCAAACUGGGGAAGCUGGCUUUCCAGCAGCUUGUGAAAGGAAACCUGAUCUUCUAUGAGGAAGACCUGAGAGAGUGUGGCAUUGAUGUGAGAGAAGCAUCAGUGUACUCAGGAUUGUGCACUCAGAUCUUCAGAGAGGAGUUGGGCUUGUAUCAGGGGAAAGUCUUCUGCUUUGUUCAUCUGAGCAUUCAGGAACAUCUAGCAGCUCUAUAUGCACAUCUCUCCUUUACAAUCAACAACAUAUUUGUGUUUGACCAAACCAAACAAAGACAGUUGCCUAAGAGUUUUAACUGGAAGAAAUAUAAUUCAAUAUCUCACCUGCAUAAGAUAGCUGUAAAUAAUGCCUUAAAGAGUAAGAAUGGGCAUCUGGAUCUUUUCCUGCAUUUUCUUCUGGGUAUCUCACUGGAGUCCAAUCAGACUCUCUUACGAAAACUACUGACACUGACUGGAAGCUGCUCCUACAACAAAAAGAAUACAGUUCAGUACAUCAAACAGAAGAUCAGGAAGAAUCGUUCUCCAGAGAGAUCCAUCAAUCUGUUCCACUGUCUGAAUGAACUGGGUGAUGAUUCACUGAUGCAGGAGAUCCAACAUUAUCUGAUCUCUGGAAAAAUAAGAAAAGCCAAACUCUCGUCUUCACAGUGGUCAGCUCUGGUUUAUGUGUUGCUGACAUCAGAGCAGAAGAUGGAUGUUUUUGAUCUGAAACCGUUUAUUGGAACACGACAUACAGCAGAUGAAGUUCUUCAGAAUCUGUUACCUGUGGUUAAAGAAUCCAGAUCAGUUCGGCUACAGUUUUGUAAUCUCACUGCUCAGUCUUGUGAGAGUUUGUCAUCAGUUUUACAAUCCUCAAACUCUGUCAUGAGAGAGCUGGACCUGAGUAACAAUGACCUGCAGGAUUCGGAAGUGAAGCUGCUUUCUGAUGGACUGAAGAGUCCAAACUGUCACCUGGAGAUACUGAGGAUGUGCCUGAAAGCGUUCUGCCUGCUUAUUCAAGGGGACUGGGCUCGUCAAAAAUUGUCUGGCUGUAUGGUGACAGAAGAAGGCUGUCGUUAUAUGUCUUCAGCUCUGAGUUCAAACCCCUCACACCUGAGAGAGCUGGAUCUGAGCUACAAUCACCCAGGAGAUUCAGGAGUCAAGCUGCUCUCUCCAAACUCCACACUGGACAAACUCAAUGUGAAUCAUGGAGGAGAAUCCAGGAUUACAGCAGGACUAAAGAAAUAUGCCUGUUUUCUCACACUGGAUCCAAACACAGCACACACUGAACUACUUCUGUCUGAGGAGAACAGAGAGGUGACACGUGUGAGAGAGAAACAGCAGUAUCCUGAUCAUCCAGACAGAUUUGAUGCGUGGUGUCAGGUGUUGUGUAGAGAGAGUGUGUGUGGACGCUGUUACUGGGAGCUGGAGUGGAGUGGAGAUGAUGUGGAUAUAUCAGUGUCAUAUAAGAGCAUCAGCAGGAAGGGAUCGGGUGAUGAGUGUUGGUUUGGAUCUAAUAAUCAGUCCUGGAGUUUGUUCUGCACUCCUGACAGGUACUCAUUCAUACACAAAAACAUAAAGACUGAUCUCCCUGUAAAGUCCAUCAGCAGGAGAAUAGGAGUGUGUGAUAUCAGUAGAAUAGGAGUGUUUGAUAACAGUAGAAUAGGAGUGUUUGAUAAUGAUUAUAUCAGUAGAAUAGGAGUGUUUGUGGAUCACAGUGCAGGAACUCUGUCCUUCUACAGCGUCUCUGACACAAUGAGCCUCAUCCACACAGAACAGACCACAUUCACUCAGCCGCUCUAUCCUGGGUUUGGGGUUUAUAAAGGAUCAUCAGUGAAACUGUGUUGAUGAAUGAGAAUAGAUUGACGAGAGAUUCUGCACACACACUGAAACAUUCAGGAGCUCAGAAACGUGUUUGACUUUUUCAAUACUGAAUCGCUACGUUAUAUUUCUCAGCAACAAGGGGAGUAAAAUCGCUGUUUUUGAAGUAACUAAACUCCGCUUCAUUGCUUGUAGAGAGACGCAGGUAAUUCACACAUGCAACUUUCAUCUCUCUCUCUCUCAAAAUGGCCAUAUUUGAGAAAAAAAGUGGAGUAGUUUGCAUCACUGGAUAAAGCUGUCAGUUAUUUAACAUUUCUAUCAUGAAACAGUUGACUAAUAUUACAGUUUUUCUCAUUUGAUAAGACACACUUAAUGAAAUUGGGAUCCACUUGAUCUUCAUCAUCACAUUCUUAGCACAGCAGAAGUCUUCUCUUGCAAAUGCCUUAACACUUUUUCAUUUGUUUCACACAUCGUCAAAACAGUCACCACAGAUUUCAUCGAAAGACCCCAAACUCUAUUGGAUUAACUGUGUUGAACAAAAGGAAAACAUCUAUUCACAGCUGAUAGAAAGUACUUGCAUAAUUAUGAAUCUCUAAUCAUUUUGCAAACAAAUUUAGUCAUUUUGGCCAUUGAGCUUCAGUUACAGCCUGUGUGUUAACAGCUCUGAAAAUGUGAUGUCUGAGUGGACAAAUGUGUUUAAGCAAUUAAGCAACUUCCAUCUUACCUCGCUCUCUUUCAACGUUAAACAGACGCUUCCGUGAACAGUAAACCCUGUCUAAUUUGAUUUGAUUGGCCAUAUCAAUUAUUUUGACAUUGACAAGCGCUGAUCUGAAGCGUCUCGUACACGCAGUGGUCGCGCAAAAUUUGCCGGAGCCAUGCACAUCUGUAGACUAGAGCGCAGGUUAAUUCUCACACUUCAAUAGUAUUUAUAGAACCUAACAGGCUGUGUAACUAUGAGGAAUGAUUCCCUCAAAAUGUAGGUCGGUAUGCAGUUCCCCUACCCUGCUACUCGCGUGCCAGUGAUUAUCCCCCUGCGUGCCACAGGUUGCCAACCAGUUAUAGAGUCUCUUCAUGACAUUAAUACUGCAGCUGAGCUUCUGUCACUGAAAUAACAUGAAUCAGAAUAAAUGUGUGACUAUGUGUAUCUGUGCUUUUCUCAACCUGUUUGUGUUUAUGCAGAUCAGUUUUUACUGUAGUGUCACAUCAAUCAUUUGUAUUAUUAGGCUACUAUGAAAAGUAUACCUUUCACAAACAUGAUUCAUAAAUAACAAGUAAUAAAUAUAAUUAGAUGUUUCUCUAUUGUUUUUGUGCACAAAUAAUAAAAUAUUCAUGAUGAAUAUUUCUGUAUUUAUAUGUAACUUCAUGAAAUUAUAAGAGCAAAAAAUGGUCAAAAUAAAUGAAUUGUGAUGUUUA